UCUUUCCAGCUCUCCUGUUCUUUGAUCCACUUCUCAACUUUCUUUUGUCCCAGAGAUUUCCAGUUCCCGCAGUAAAAGGAGCCGUGGAAAGUUGGGAGAGAAGACGCCGCCAAGGCCCGCCGGCCUGCCUGGGUACCGGCCUCUCGCCGGCCUCCCUCCUCCCCCGGUGCCAGCAGCCAGGUUACAUAACGGGCCACGCGACGCGCUCUCGCGAGGUUUCCACCGCCCCCUACUCGCUCCACGUCAGAGGGAACCGGGCGGAGCGGCCAACAUGGCGGAACGCAGGCGACACAAGAAGCGGAUUCAGGAAGUUGGUGAACCGUCUAAAGAAGAGAAGGCUGUAGCCAAGUUUCUUCGAUUCAAUUGUCCAACAAAGUCCACCAAUAUGAUGGGUCACCGGGUUGAUUAUUUUAUUGCUUCAAAAGCAGUGGAUUGCCUUUUGGAUUCAAAGUGGGCAAAGGCCAAGAAAGGAGAGGAAGCUUUAUUUACAACGAGGGAGUCUGUGGUUGACUACUGCAACAGGCUUUUAAAGAAGCAGUUUUUCCAUCGGGCACUAAAAGUAAUGAAAAUGAAGUAUGAGAAAGACAUAAAAAAAGAAAAAGAGAAGGGAAAAGCUGAAAGUGGAAAAGAAGAAGAUAAAAAGAGCAAGAAAGAAAAUCUAAAGGAUGAAAAGACAAAAAAGGAAAAAGAAAAAAAAAAAGAUGGUGAAAAGGAAGAAUCCAAAAAGGAGGAAGCUCCUGGAACUCCCAAAAAGAAGGAAACUAAGAAAAAAUUCAAGCUUGAGCCACAUGAUGAUCAAGUUUUUCUGGAUGGAAAUGAGGUAUUUGUGUGGAUCUAUGACCCAGUUCACUUCAAAACAUUUGUCAUGGGAUUAAUUCUUGUGAUUGCAGUGAUAGCAGCCACCCUCUUCCCUCUUUGGCCAGCAGAAAUGAGAGUAGGCGUUUAUUACCUCAGUGUGGGUGCAGGCUGUUUUGUAGCCAGCAUUCUUCUCCUUGCUGUUGCUCGUUGCAUUCUGUUUCUCAUCAUUUGGCUCAUAACUGGAGGAAGGCACCAUUUUUGGUUCUUGCCAAAUCUGACUGCUGACGUGGGCUUCAUUGACUCCUUCAGGCCUCUGUACACACAUGAAUAUAAAGGACCAAAAGCAGACUUAAAGAAAGAUGAAAAAUCUGAAACCAAAAAGCAGCAGAAGUCCGACAGUGAGGAAAAGUCAGACAGUGAGAAAAAGGAAGAUGAGGAGGGAAAAGUAGGACCAGGAAAUCAUGGAACAGAAGGCUCAGGUGGAGAACGGCAUUCAGACACAGACAGUGAUAGGAGGGAAGAUGACCGAUCCCAACACAGUAGUGGAAAUGGGAAUGAUUUUGAAAUGAUCACAAAAGAGGAACUGGAACAGCAGACAGAUGGGGAUUGUGAAGAGGAGGAAGAAGACAACGAUGGAGAGACAGCUAAAUCCUCACUCGAAAAAUCAUAAUCUGACUAAUUUGAGGACUAAAUGAGUGCAAGAGGUUGGAUUUUCUAUGUUGGCUGAUCAUCACAAUGUACACAUGACAUUUGUAGCAUUCUUUAAAUCCAUUUACUGCAGUGGAUUUGACAUCCAAGCAGUUAUAUUCAGUCCUUCAUUUCAUAUAAUACUAUUAUUGGUACAGUCUAAAGCCAUUUAUAAGUUUUAUCUAUUUGAUAAUUUUACAGUAAAUAGGUCUCAUUUAUUUUGAUAGUUAUCAAAGAUGCACUUUCCACAAUGACAUUUAGAUUGAUGGCAUUUUUGAUAGUUGUAUGGCUUUUUACUGUUAGACUAAUCAAAAUAACUAAAAGGAUAAAAACAAACACCAACAUUUCAGAUUAUGCAUAGUUAUGUAGCCAUUUCACAAUUCCUUUGAGAUGAAAUGCUUAAACUCAUUGUUUUUGAUACUUAAGCUUUUGUUAAUUAUAACAUUUUACCAGGAAAUUUCUAAGAUUCUGAGUUAGCAGGGUUCAAAAGCAUUUUGUGGAAAUAAGCCAACUAGUAAUAAUGCAGCAACACUUUUUAGUUUAGCUACAAAUUCUCCUUUCCCAACUUAGGAAAUCCAAACUGAUUUGUACCUCUGAUUCAGAGUGAGAUAGAUGGUCACUUCCAACAGUGGAAGCGAGCAGCAUUGGUUGGAAGGUGAUGGCUCUUCUUCCCAUUUCCUUAUCGUAAAAAUGUAUUCUGUACAUAAUUUACAAAUAAACAUUUUAUUUUAAUUGUUA